AUGUCCAAGCGCAAGUUGAAUACAUGUGCUGACUGUAGGUUCAUGUCAACUGCUUCCAAAAUCACUCUAGGAGUUUCGUGUCUCUUUACAUUGUCGACAUUUGCAGGUGUACAUAUUUCUCAAGCUCUUGAACGUGAACUUUAUGUUUUAGAUCUACCAGUGAUGAACAACUCGAUGGCUCUAAGUGAUACAAGACUAGUAUCUGAUGAACAUUGUCUUUCUGUCAGCGUUUCAUUCGACAAUCCAAGCUUCGCAGAAGUUGCCAUGCGCUCACUUUCCGUGGAUCCUUCUCCUCCACGAUCUACAGUUAAAGAACAAUUAAAUCAAAAGGGGUCCGACCUCAUCUGUACAUUUUUCGCCCCUGUCAGUGUUAGCAAUAGAAACCAGCAGUUACGAAAAUUGCGUAUUGCUGUUAACAGCUGGCUUGAUAAUGUCAUUUUGGUUUCAGAAACAAUCAGUGCGUUUGGAACAAUGGACUCAAAUUUUACAUCUGAGCGAGCUAUUAAUGGCUUUUAA